CGACGUGGAACCUCAGGAUGGAGCCGAAAGGGAUGGCAAGCUCAGAGAAAGCUUGUCUGAAGAGCCAGACUGCUGGAGAACGGGAAGCAGGCAAGAAGCCGGACCAGAGAACCCCCAUUUGUGACAAAAACAUCCAAGACGCUGGAAAAAAGGACCUUGGGGACAAGGUAAAAGAGAACCCACCGCUUCCCAUCCAGUCCCAGCCAGGGGUCUGCUGGCCUUGCCCAGAUGGCACCUUUAUCAAGCUGAUCCUCGCGGCCGGGACAGGUUUAGAUAAACCGAAGGAAGGGUCCAUCUGCCAAGUCUUCAUCGAGGCCAGUCACGAAGGGCCCUUGAGCUACCCGUCCUCCAGGUGGGCCGAAGUGGAGCUGGGUGGGGGCGACGCCGAAUGGGACGGUGUGGUGGACCGUGGUUUGGAAACCAUGCUGGCAGGGGAGCGGGCUGAGCUGAGGUUGUCAGAGGGCAGCACCAUCGCCGUCCAGUUGGCGAGCUUCACGGAGGCCAAGGACUCUUGGGAGAUGAGCGCAAGCGAGAAGUGGGACUUGGUCCUUAGCAACAAAGACCGCGGCAGUGAGCUAUACAGGGCGGGGGCCAUUGCUGCGGCUGCCAGGCGCUACGCUAGGGCCUUACACUUGCUUGUGGUGGCUGCUCCACCCCCGGAUUAUGACCAGAUCAAGGCGGAGCUUCACACUAACUUGGCCGCCUGUCAGCUACGGUUACACCAGCCGGCCAACGCCGCUCAAAACUGCUCCAAGACUCUUGCGCUCCAACCGGCCAACCCCAAGGCCUUGUUUCGUCGCGGCUUGGCCUAUGAUGCGAUGAACGAUCUGGAGGGGGCGGCGCAAGACCUCAAGGGGGUUUUGCAAGUAGAGCCAGGAAACCGAGCGGCUCGCCGGGAAUUAGAAAGGGUUACUGAGAGGAUCCGGGCCCGGGAUGCUAGGCUGGCUCAAGCCAUGCAGAAAAUGUUUGCUUGAAUAAAACCGUUUGACUGUG